UUGAACACGUGGGUUUGUUGAUCUGAUAGCGUGAUGUCUGUCUAAUAGGCCGUAAAGGUUUCUUCUGAGGCUCGUCAGUACGAGAUAGUGAGCGGAGCAUUUCCGAGACGCAUUUAAGUGUAGAGAUUGUGAGUUUGUUAUGAAUUUCGGACAGUUUAUUCCCGGGAAACAGGAAGCCGAGUAACGCACGCGCGCUGGUGGAACCAGGCAGGACACUGAGCCUCCAGCUGCUGCAGCAGCAUUAAGGUCCUGAGCUUUGGCACUGAAGAUUAAAGGUCACAGUUGUUGUGCGGUUGGAGAAUCGGAGUCAGAAACCCGGGCCGUUCCCGUCCCCUGUGCUGUAAACAUCCAGGAGCUGAGACGGUCCCCUUCGUGUGCAUCCCUCUUUCUCGGUCCGAGGUGAGCGCCCCCUGCAGCUACCAUGCGGAAGUGUAAGAACUGCGGUGGGACGGAUGUAGACGUGGACCAGGCCCGCGGAGACGCCGUGUGUAUGGGCUGCGGCUCGGUGCUCGAGGACAACAUCAUCGUCUCCGAGGUGACCUUCGUGGAGAGCAGCGGCGGCGCCUCGUCCGCGGUCGGCCAGUUCGUGGCGUCGGACUCUCAGGGACAUGUCCCGUCUUUGGGUGGAAACCUCAUGGGGAUGGGAAAAGAGUCCAGAGCGCAGACGCUACAGAACGCAAAGAGGAAUAUUAACCACCUGGGCCGCCAGCUGCAGAUGAACCAGCACUGCCUGGACACCGCCUUCAACUUCUACAAGAUGGCGCUGUGUAAACGCCUGACCCGCGGGAGGAAGUCGGCCCAUGUCAUCGCCGCCUGCCUCUACCUGGUGUGUAGGACGGAGGGCACGCCCCACAUGCUGCUGGAUCUCAGCGAUCUGCUCCAGGUCAACGUCUAUGUUCUGGGGAAAACGUUUCUGGUGUUGGCCAGAGAGCUCUGCAUCAACGCUCCGGCCAUAGAUCCGUGUCUGUACAUCCCCCGCUUCGCCCAUAUGUUGGAGUUCGGUGAGAAGAGCCACGAGGUGUCCAUGACGGCGCUGAGACUCGUCCAGAGGAUGAAGAGGGACUGGAUGCACACAGGACGAAGGCCUUCGGGGCUCUGCGGAGCAGCUCUGCUGGUCGCCGCACGUAUGCACGAGUUCCGUCGCACCAUCAAAGACGUGAUCGGUGUUGUUAAAGUGUGUGAGGCCACACUAAGAAAGAGGCUGAACGAGUUUGAGGAGACGCCCACCAGCGAGCUGACCAUCGACGAGUUCAUGAGGGUGGAUCUGGACCAGGAGUGUGACCCGCCCUCUUUUAAAGCCGGACAGAGGAAGCUCCGCCUCCAGAAGAUUGAGGAGGAACUGGCUAAGAAGAUCGACGACGUUCAGGGUGAGAUCUGUGGCUAUCAGGAUGAGAUUGAAAUGGAGCUCGAGAGCUGUCGACCAAAAUCCAGAGGGAUCUACUCAGCUUAUUCGAAAAAUGACGAUGCCGUCUCCGUGACGUCGUCCAGCAUGCUUGAUCUUGACGAGGAGGAUGAAGACCUGCGUGUGGCGGCGUCUCAUCUUAACCAAGACCUGCCGGGUGACGGAGACGAGCCGCGGGACGAGGAGCAACAGGAAGCGGAAGUGGAAGAGGGAGAGCGCGAUUCUCGGUCCCAGCGGCCGUCUCUGGAGGCUCUGCUCGGGCCGCUGCCCACCGCCGCCAGCCUCGGCCUGUCCGACUCCAUCAACAAGUGCGUAGGAGAAGAGAAGGAGAACGAGAACGAGCAGACAGCGGACGGCGGCGGUGAGCUGGACCUGAGCGGGAUCGACGACGACGAGCUCGAGUGGUACAUCCUUAAUGAGAAGGAGGUGAAGGUUAAGACCGAGCUCUGGAUGCUGGAGAACGCAGACUACCUCAAAGAGCAGAAAGAGAAGGAGGAGAGGAUAGCGAAGGAGAAAGAGCUCGGCAUCUACAAGGAGAAAAAGCCGAAGAAGCCGGCUCAGCGGCGAGCCCCGAUCGACGCCAGCACGGCGGACGAGGCCAUCGAGAAGAUGCUGGAGCAGAAGCGGAUCUCCAGUAAGAUCAACUACGACGUGCUGAAGGACCUGAACCGCGCGAGUGUGAAGAGCCCGCCCCCCGCGGUCAAGGAGUCCCCGGGACGCGGCGCGCAGGGCAGGACGCCGUCAGCACGUCCCCGCAGACUCAACGAGGGCGCCGCCACCCUGGCCACGCCGGCCAGCAACUUCGGCAAGAGGCUACGACCACUGAUCUCGGGACAGCCUGCUAAGAAACCUCUCCUGGACCAGCUGGUGUCCGAGGCUCCAGCCGCGCCUGCUGCGGUUACCCAGAAUGCCGUGGUGGUGGAGAGCGGGCCCGUGGCGUAUGAAGAUGUGGGGGAGGAGGAGGACGAGGAAGAGGAGGAGCAGUGCGUCAGUGCCAUGCAGCUCAUGGGAGGAGACGAUUAUGGCUACGACUUUGACGAUGACGACUGAUUGCGUGUGAGAGAGAUGGACUCCAAAAGCUGCUACACACACACACACACACACACACACACACACACAGUAUUCACUGCUGCUGUUGCCUUAUACUUGAAGAUACAGUAUUGUUUCACAUGCAUACAGACACACUCACACCAUGUUACACACACACGUGAUUAGACAUGAUGCCUUCAUAUUGUACAUAUGUGUCUGAUUACAACCCUGUGUGUGUGUGUGUGUGUGUGUGUGUGUGUGUGUGUGUGUGUGUUUUAUGUCUAAUAAGGUCCAAUUAGUGAGACAGUGAGCACAGAACAAGCUUCAGCUUGUCUGACAUCUCUCUGUGAUGUGUGUGUGUGUGUGUGUGUGUGUGUGCACACACUUCCCUGUAAUUAACUUACACAGAGCAGAAUGAUGGCUCAUGGAUGAUUGUGUGCAUCUGAAGUGGUUUAGAUUUAAAUGUGUGUGUGUGUGUGUGUGUGUGUGUGUGUGUGUGUGUUGGGGAGAGGGAGUGUGUAAGUAGCCAAAGACGGUGUGUGUCACAACAUUAUUGAAAACCAUGCGCUUGUGUGUGUGCUGUGCUGCUGCUAGUCCAGAGUAUUUAGGUUCCAGGUUCUUUCAGGUUCUUAUUUGUUAUUUUAUUAUUUAAGUUAGUGACACAUGAUGAUGAUGAUGAUGAUGAUGAUGAUUAGUAGCUAGUUUCUGAUGAAUUUUUUAUUUUUAUUUUCUGCACACACACUUGCCUUUGGAACUCGUGACUGCGAUGACGAAUCUCAGCCGUGUAGAGUGCAAUAAAACCAAAGUGACUGUGAUGAGAAUCUCAGUGAUAUACAAGACAAUGUCAUGUACAGUUUAUCAUCAUACAUUAUAAUAAUUAAACACUUUUAGAGGAGUGUACACACACACACACACAUAUCGGGUGCUGGAACGAAAUGGAGUUAAUACUGUAUAUUACAGGUAGGAAACCAAUGAUGCGCAAAGUGUGUGCAAUAAACAAUGCAAAAUUGGAAAGGAAGCAAAAAGGCGAUUAUUAUUGGACUUAUAUUUGAGUAUAUUUACGCUUAAUAUAAAGUGACUUAACGUCAGGAAUAAUGGUGGCUUUGAUAACGUGGUGUAUAUACUGUGUGUGUGUAUACCGCAUAUACCUCGGGUAUUUUCUUUAGCUAAGGUUGCGUAUGUGGACAAUUGAGUAUGGCGCUGUUGCCAUGGUUACGCAUCAGCUCUACUGUAUGUUUGUUCUUUUGCUUUGAUCUCUGACGCGCUGUAGCUUAAACUUCAGCCUUCUCGUUGUAACAGUAACCGGUUGAAGUGAAACCAGGUAACACUCAGUACAGUACAUGCACCUUGUGUAAGAAGUUUACAUGGAGAAUAGUCAUGUGACUCAUUUCUUCAGACCGAUGCAGCUUUUAUUUCGUAGCGUCUUAUUUAUUAUACAACACGUAUGUGGAGAAUAUGACGUAUUACACGUAUUACUGCGGAGUGCUGAUGAGAGAUCGUACGAAGAGCAGAGGAACGUACGUUGUUCUGCCUUUAGAGUGUGUGUGUGUGUGUGUGUGGUGACAGAUUUCUCAAAACCAACAUACUGUUUCACUGCUGCCUCAUAAUUCUAAUCCUUUUACUCCCUCUAGUGGUGAGUAACAGUUGUUACACACAGAGCUGCGACCUGCACAAAGGGGGCAAAAGCCACUGUUUUAAAUCUGAUGUUACGCACCGUUACUUCUAAUGAGAUUAUUAUUAUCUAAUUAGAUUAUAGUUUAUUAUCUAAACUAACUUCUCCUGUGUUUUUCUCCUGACUCGUCAUUUUUCUUUUUCCAGAAAUAAAUGCUUGAAUUGUGUCA